AUACAAGAGGAGAGCCCUCACAAGAACCAGAAACCGCUCAGCGCUCUCUGACAACACAUCGUCGCCGAAACGAGAAUGUCACCGUGCAACUUCGACAAUGAACACUCUGACCUCAAGCUCACCAAUAAAGAAAAAAACAAAUUAAGAAAACCAGUGGUGGAAAAAAUGCGCCGAGACCGCAUCAACAACAGCAUCGAGCAGCUCAAGACGAUCCUGGAGAAAGUGCUCCAGAAGAACGAGCCCAGCUGCAAGCUGGAUAAAGCUGACGUCUUAGAGAUGACCGUGAGCUUCCUGAAGCAGCAGCUGAGGCGUGAUCCAGUAGCCCCGCGGGUGGACUACAACGAGGGCUAUUCCCGGUGUCUACAGGAGACCCUGCACUUCAUGUCUCUGUGCGCGCCUCAGAAAGGGGCGCGGCUGCUGAACCACUUCCAGGGAGACAAGAACGCCGUCACGGGCUCCGGUUUCCCUGCGUCUCCGGUGACUGCUCCCGCUGGCCAGACCUUCACCAAGCCCGUGGUGCCGAGCCCUGAGAGAGCAGUGUGGAGACCUUGGUAGAUCUGUUGCAAUUCCAAAGAACUUGUUCUCGCGACUAAACCCGGAGAGGGGCUUUAAACCCUCCACUAGUAUGGAAUGUUUAUUUCCGCUUUUAAGAUUGUUCCACGUUGCCUUCAUGUUGAAGGGCGGUUGUAUAUACAUGUUAGCACAUCAUUUUACAAUAUGUUUAAUAUGUACGCCGUGAGUUUACAGAAUGGUUAUUUCUGUAGUUUGUGACAGUGGUCCUGUACUUAUUAGGGCUACUUAUACAGGAGAAACGUCAAUGUGUUUGUUUUACCUGAAGAGUAUGAUAGUCGCCUUUUAUAAAGGUAUUGGGUCAAUUAGUUACUGGUCUGUUUUUGAGAUAUUUUCAACAUGUUGCCUUCAAUGAAAGGGAGUAUGUAUGUGUGCAUUUCAAUGUGUAUACUGUCAUUGUUAAAUCACUUUGUGGAAUGCUAUGAAUGCAUAUAACUGUAUACAUUCGUAGGAGAAACGUUCUCCAGUGUAUUCUUUAUCGUUAUGGGAAGUUUUAAAAACUUUUUGUUUUGUCAUAAAGAAUCUUAGUUGCCUUUUGUAAUGGCACGAUGUCAAUUUGUAUCGUCCUAUUUGUAACAAUCUGUGAUUGGAAGCACUAUCGUGUAUAAUGGGCACAUUAAUAUUAUAGUUUAGUCGUUUGUUUGUUUGUUUGUUUACUUUACCGAUCAUGUUUUAAUGAUUAUUCUUUAAUGUAUUUCUGUUGAUGGAAGCGUUUAAGCAUACUUUUGUAUGAUUAUAUAAUACACUCAGAAUAAAUACUUUGAACUGCA